AUGCCAAAGGCAAAACCCAACAACAACAACAAAAAGUCAUCACAACAACCUGACCCCAUUGGGGAUGAUCUCGGUGCGUUGGAAGACAUCUCCCCGCAAAUCGCUUUACAAAAAUGGUCCUCCGACGUCGUGAAUCGUCUCGGGGUGUCGUCCACCUCGCUAUUUCACCCAGACGCGAGCGGCGAUUUUGAUGUGCAGUUGGAGAAAUUAAUUACCAAGAACCGAGAGAACAACAACAACAACAACAACAACAACAACAACGAUGCUUUGAAAAGGAGCAAGUCGAACACGUCGAGCAGUCAAUCGAAAUCGCCGGGGUUAUCCUCCGGAGAUCCGAUUAAAUCGGGAGAUUUAGCGCACCUUGGGUUUCCUUUUGACGGCCAAAUUGGGAAGGAUGAGCUGAAGGAGAGUUUGCGAGAGGCGUUUCGGGAGAUGUCGGACGUGAAGGUGAAACCGAUGAACAAUGAUAACGCGAAGAAGAAGAAGACGAAAACUAAGAUGAUAUCAACAGCGACGACGGCGAGGAAAAGUGGGGGCGAAGUGGCGAGCCUCGACGACGCGUGGGCGAAGAUUAACAGCGGGAAGAAGAGAGGGAACGACAACGACGCCAACGGUAGAGGGAAGGAUGAAACGACGUUGGAAGACGUGAUGAUGGACGUGGUGAUGGCAAAUAACGCGAAGAAGAUCGGUAAUGGUAAUGUAAAAAGAACGGCUACGGCGUCUUUGAUUAUGGCGCAAAAAUCUUUGUUCUCGGCUGGCGCGCAGGACCUCGCGAAUACGUUAGGGGUGGCGCACACGCAGAACGCGUCGUCCAUGGAGCAAAUGGUCAACGAGGCAAACUUGACUUCGUACGAUACGGAAAUGGCGAAGAUGUUGAGUACGUUUGGAAGUGGCAGUGGUAGUGGUGGCAACGCUUUCGAUCAGCACGCGAAGAGGACGAGUUAUAAUCAAGCGCUCGAGAAGGAGAUGGACAAGAAAAAAGAGAAUAAGAAACCGCUUCCUACUCCAUCGAAGAGAAAGCAAAAGGACGACGGAGACGAUGAUGCCGCCAAAAAACAGAAACGCAACAAAGAUUCAGAAGAAGCGAAUAUGAAGAAACGUAAAGUGUCGAAAACCAACGUUCCGCGCGUGGAAAUCGACAACACCCAAAUCGUCGAGUUGACCAAAGAGAACAAAAAUUUAAUCGUCACGCCGGGCGGCAUCAAAGACGCUCUUCCCCCGCGGAAAAAAGGCCGUCGUCCGAAUAACCCAACCGUCGUAGAAACCGAAGAAGAGACGAAACUACGAGCGGAGGAGCGCGUGUAUAAAAACAGACAAUCUGCGGCUCGGUCAAGAGCGAGAAAAUUAAAAACCAUAGGCGAGUUGCAAGAGGAAAUUAGUCGAUUGACGUGCGAAAACGACGCGAUGCGAGACUUGUGUAAAGACAGUGGCGUCACCGAGGCAACGAUAACAACAAAACUGAAAGAAUCGGAAGCGACGAGACAAAAAGAGAAGAAAGAGCAAGAGGAGCUCGGCGCAAACGUCAAAAAGUAA